AUGUUCCUGUUCCGGAAGAAAUCAAGUCAAGAGGAACCUAAGAGCAUAAUGAGCAAAUACCAUGAGAACGUCGAUUCAGCAGCGGCUCCGGAAUCCCCAGCGCGUUCGCGGUCCUUCAUGGAUGAGGAAAUGAUGGGGUCACCUCCACAAAUUCCAUCCGAACCAAAGCGCUAUAGAGAUCAGCGACCACCGAACCCUCCCUUGGACUUUAAACGUCUUCAAGCGUCAGUGAUUCAGCAUACAACCAGGCGCGAACAGGCACCUCCCCCGCCACCUCCCCCGCCACCUUCUCGAUUUCCUCCCAAUGCGGAUCUCCCUCGUCGGAGUUUGGCUCCGCCUCUGCCCCCUCCUCCCAGAAGGUUGGCUGUUGGUGUACCUAAUCUUAUCGAAAACCGUCCUCCGAAACCUGUCAGCAUAAAACCUGAGCCUCAGUCGUCAACCACAAUUGUUGGUCGAAUGCCGGCUCAGAAACCAGAACCCAACAGGCAAUUGGUCGAGCCACCCGGCCUCCCACCCCAGCGCAUCCCUUCCGUAGAACCCCCCCUAGAAAGCCCAAGCCCGAGUCUUAGUCUGCCAUCAAGAAACAGACCCGUAUCUGACCUGGUUCGUGACUCGAAGCUCAUAGCUUUCCAGACCGAUGAUGCCUCAAUAGUCCGGCAUAUAGUCUACACUUCAAAUCCUCAUAUGCGCCAAAGGAGGAUGAAGACAGAGGAGGCGUGGAAGAGGCGUGAAAAGCUUGGUACUGGUGCCUUUGGACAGGUCUAUCUAGAGGAACUUCUCAACGGAAGUGAAACUGGAAAGCUCCGCGCUGUCAAGGAAAUUGCAAAGACGCCGCCCCAGGACCCAAGGAAGGAAAUCGACUAUACUCGAGAGUUGGAAGCAAUCGCCAAAUUCUCCCAUCCCAAGUAUGUUCAUUGUUUUGUGAAAUCAUACGGUUGGUACGAGAGUGAUUUGACGAUAUUCAUAACCAUGGAAUAUGCCAGCAAGGGUAAUCUUCAGGGUUAUCUGACGAAGUCGCUUCCCGAGGGAGAAGUUAAGCAGAUCACAUACCAAAUUGCUGAGGGCAUCGCCUAUAUGCAUGAGAACAGCUUCGCCCAUAGGGAUCUAAAGCCUGCGAAUAUUCUUGUCUUUGAAUCCUCCCCUGACUGGUGGGUGAAGAUCAGCGACUUUGGCAUAUCCAAGAGGGCAGAAGAGGAGGUCACUGCUUUCCACACACUAGUUGGAACGAGAGGAUACCUAGCGCCCGAGAUUCUUGGCUUAUUCUCCCCCGAGGACACCAGUAACCAUCAAUAUGGUCAAGGGAACAAUAUGUACACUGUUUCUGUGGACCUGUGGGCUCUUGGUGCCAUCACGUUCCGGCUCCUGACGAAUCAGGAUAUCUUCGUCAAUCCUCCAGAUGUAGGGCGAUACGUUAUAUUGAAACAACCAUUUCCAACUUUUCCUCUUUUGGAGAAGGGAAUAGGCGAUACUUGCAUAAACUUUAUCGAAAAUGCCAUGGCUCGAUCUCCAGCAAAUCGACUUUCGGCGCAUCAAGCUCUCAACCACGCAUGGUUGUCAGAGCUGCAUGACCCAGCUCAGCAACUGGGCGUCAUGUCGACUAUGACCAUUUCGAGUAACAAUAGACCCAUGGAGAAUACGGAACCAGAUUAUUCUGAUUCAAUAGCAAGCGCACAGUGGCCGACAUGGGCUCAAUAG